AUGGCGCGUCCGAGGAGGAUGUCAGCGGCCUCUGAUAUCAGUUCAGUUCCGGACUCCCACCAGGAACUAGGAAGCAUGUAUGACUAUCUUGCCAAAGUGGUACUAAUCGGCCCCUCUGGUACCGGCAAAUCUUGCAUCCUGCAUCGCUUCGUCAAGUCUGAAUGGCGAGUCCUGUCCUCCCAGACCAUCGGCGUCGAGUUCUCCUCCAAAAUCGUCAAGAUCGGCUCGGGAUCCAACCGGCGCAGAAUAAAACUCCAGCUGUGGGACACCGCCGGCACCGAACGCUUCCGCAGUGUCAGUCGCAGCUACUACCGCGGGGCGGCAGGCGCAAUCCUCAUCUACGACGUCUCGAGCCUCGCGAGUUUCAAUGCACUCCCUACGUUUCUAAGCGACGCAAGAGCUCUGGCGAGUCCAAACCUGACGGUGAUAUUGGCGGGGAAUAAAUCCGACCUGGCAGACGGGACUCAGCGGCAGAAUAUCCACAUUAACGGCGGUACCCAACGGCAGCCAGAACCAACAGGCACGACACCAUCCAGCGCAUCAAGCAGACAGUCAUACUUCCCCUACGAGACAGCCACGGGUGGUACAAGCGCAGGAACCAACCGGUCCAGAGGAGACUCGAUCAAUCUCGGUGGCACGAGCAACAAGUGGACAGCGACGAUAUCCUCUGAAGGCCGGGAGGUCAGUAGCGACCAGGCGUCGCGGUGGGCAUCAAAAGCCCUGGUGCCUGUAACGAUGGAAGUCUCGGCGUUUACAGGCGAGAACGUCGACGAGCUUUUCAACCGGCUUGGCAGUACCAUUCUCACCAAAAUCGAGCUCGGAGAGAUCGACCCGGACGACCCAGCCAGCGGCAUCCAAUACGGCGAUGGCGGCGGCUAUGGCGAUGGCGCAAGCAUUCGCAGUGGCAUCACCAACGAUGAUGGCACCUCGGGCACACUUCGCAGACGUCAUGGCAAGAGGCAACGCAAUGGCCUCCUGUCUGGCCUGACCGAGUGGGAAGAUGUGUUUAGAAAGCCGCCGUCCAGAGGUGGUGGGCGAUGUUGCUGA